AUGGAAGUAUCGCAUCAAUGUACAGGCAACUUCAUAUUGAUAAUGGAACUUAGGAAGAAAAUCUUUACCUUCAGGGACAUCAUUGACCUGCCACCUUGUGAUGCCACUGAAAGCAUAAAUGAAUUAGUUUCGAGAACAAUUGAAGAUCUGCACAAGUUUCACCCUGAUAGCAUAUCCAGAAGCCAACUGUCAGAAAUUAAGGGAGCAUCUAUUGACAAGGUUCUGGUUUGCUAUUGUGAUGCUUUGAUAUCCAUUGGAGAUUCAUUGAUGAUGAAUCAAGAAUGGAUGGACAAAGUGACAUUUGAUAACUUCAGCAAUAUUCAGAAACUCACUUCAGAAAACCUUGUUGAAAUGGCACUGUCAAUACUCAAUUGCUUAAUUAACAUUGCAAAAGAAAAUUUGGAUAUGAUGGAUGAAGAUGAGCAGAGUAAAGAUAAUCUACCAGCUAGUGCAUUUGGAAAAGUCUUGAUGGCAUCCUAUUCAGAGAGCAACACCUCCUGUUGCACUUCUCCAAUCACCCCAACAUCUGUUCUCCCACCACAGUUUAUGGGUUCUCUUACUUCAGAUGAAUUUACAAAUAUUUCGUGUGCAUCACCUCUUCUCAGGUCUUUGAGAGUUCAAGCAGUGGGGAAAUUGAACCCAAUUGAUAUAAAACGCCUCUCGUUCCACAUGCCUACAAAUAUGGAAGCCCAAGGCUACAACACUUGGAACCUAAAGAACAAUGAGGAUGAUGAAAUAAUGAAUGAGGUAGAAGCAGAGGGUAAAUCCUUGAACCAAAGAAACAAUGUGGAUGGAGAAAUGAUAUUUGAAAUGGAAGCAAGCAGCAAUUCUGAAGGAACAAAAGCUGCAAAAUUCAACGAUGCUAGAGAUUGCUGUAUGGAAAAUGGCUCACCAGAGAGUGAAAUGGCUGAGACAACUCUGACCACUGAAGCCAGAGAGUUUUUAAUGAAAUCAGCUAUAUUAUCACAAAAUGUAGCACCAGCUCCACCACCUAUUCGCAUGCUGAUACCACACAAGCCAUGGGCUGAUGUAGGAGUACCAUCGCCACCAUGUGAUCCACUGCCACCACCUAUGCUGCAACCAAAUAUCGUAGCCCCACCUUCUCCACCACCACCACCACCACCAUUCGUGCUGCAGUCAAAUGUGAAAGUCCAACUACCACCAUUCCCACCACCAUUGCCUCAGCACAUGUUGCAGCCUAAUAUAGCAACAGCAGCUGCCCCACUGCCACUAUUGCCUUUGCAAAUACUGUCGCCGCUGCUGCCACCACCACCCCCCAUGUCAUUGCCUAACAUAGCAGGAGAAGCCGGUCCUCCAAAUGUCCUGCCAUCACCACCACACCCACUUAUGAAAUCAGGAACAGUAACAGGAGCAUUGCCACCACCUCCACCACCCAUGAUUUCUUCAAAAGGAUCAAUGCCAUUGCCGCCGCCACCACCACCACCACCACCACCACCCAUGGCACAAGCAAAUGGGGCUGCUCCACCUCCUCCUCCUCCUCCACCUGGUACAACAAGAUGCUUACGCCCAAAGAAGGCACAGACAAAAUUGAGGAGAUCAAACCAAAUGUGUAAUCUGUAUCGGUUUCUCAAGGGGAAGGUGGAAGGAGGAAAUCAAAACAUUAGAUCAGCCAUUGGAAGAAAGGGUUCAGCUCCAUCCAGCAAUGGCGGAAAGCAAGGAAUGGCUGAUGCACUAGCAGAGAUGACAAAGAGAUCAGCAUAUUUCCAAAAAAUUAGAGAAGAUGUUCAAAAGUAUGCAAAGGCGAUCACAGAGCUGAAGACUGUCAUCAUUACUUUCAAAAAUAAGGACAUGACUGAGCUGAUAAAGUUCCACAAACAAGUUGAGUCCGUCCUUGAGCAGUUAACGGAUGAAACACAGGUGCUUGCAAGGUUUCAAGGUUUCCCUCAAAAAAAGUUGGAAGCAUUGAGGACAGCAGCUGCACUAUACUCAAAGCUGAAUGGAAUAGCAUAUGAACUUCAAAAUUGGAAGAUCAUAACUCCCUUGGGGCAACUCCUUGACAAGACAGAACGUUACUUCAAUAAGAUCAAAGGAGAAAUGGAUGCCUUGGAAAGAACCAAAGAUGAAGAAUCCAAGAAAUUUCAAAGUCAUAAUAUUCACUUUGACUUCCAUAUCAUUGUGCAAAUCAAGGAAUCACUGGUGGAUGUUUCCUCCAACUGCAUGGAACUAGCACUCAAGGAGAGGAGACAAGCAAGAACAGCAAAACCUAAUAAAGCUAAUGCUAAAAUGCUAUGGAGAGCAUUUCAGUUUGCAUUCCGAGUUUAUUCCUUUGCUGGUGGACACGAUGAUCGUGCUGACAAGUUGACAAGGGAAUUGGCUCAUGAAAUAGAGACUGAUCCCCAGCACCAGUAA